GUGGGGGAUGAGAUGGGGGUUGUGGAGGAGGGGAGAGAGAGGGGAAGAGAAAAGAUUUUCUCCAUUCUUCCAAAUCUGCCUGUUACAAUUCCUUCUUAGUAAUGGACAAGGCCCCCAUAGAAAAAAUUCCCUCUUCCUUUACAUCCCAUCAAGUAGUCUCAAAGCAUUUGUUCUUUGCUUUUAUUAAAGUGACUCUUUUCACACAAUAAAAACCUAAAGCCUCAAACCACCACCAGGAAAAAAAUUCUGAACAUUUUCAUGUACAAAUCUGCGAUGACAAGUUGCAGACUGCUUGAAGUUCAUACAGAAGAUCAAACUCCACAUAAGUGGAGUGUUUCAUUAACUGAAGAAUUGUUCAAAAGGUUUUUCUCUCUGGGAACCCCAAUCCUGCAUAAGAUAUUUGGCGAAGGAUCGUUGUUCAGUCCCUUGUUGUUUGGAAAAUAUUUUGAUCCUUCAGAUGCCUUUCCACUGUGGGAAUUUGAGUCUGAUAUCUUGUUAUCUAAUCUUCGGAGCUCUGGCAAGACUAGCGUUGAUUGGUUUCAGGCAGAUGAAGCUUAUGUACUAAAAGCAGAACUACCAGCAGGAGCUGGGAUAAACACAGUGCGGGUAUAUGCUGAAAAUGGGAAGAUUGUGGAAAUUAGUGGGCAAUGGAAGCAGCAAAAAGAGUCAAAAGCUAAAGAUUGGAGAAGUGGGCACUGGUGGGAACAUGGGUAUGUUAGAAGACUUGAGCUCCCAGAAGAUGCAGAUUGGAGCAAAAUUGAGGCAUAUGUGAACAACGAUACAUUUCUUGAAGUAAGAAUUCCUAAGAACACUUUGGAUUGUGACACAGAUGACACCAUGACCAAAAAAUCAGAUUCAGUGUAAAUUGAUAUGAGUAUAAUUUUGAUCUGCCAAGAACUUCAUAUUGUUAAUACUUAAUGGAUCAUUCCUAAACC